AUGAGAACUCUCGGCGGGCACCCACGGAGGUUCAAACUGAUGGGCGGUCGACCAGAAUUUCACCAUGUGGAUCGAAACAAGAACGGACACAUCAUUGAGCCAACAGACAAGUUUCAGGUUGUCAUCACCACAAGCAAAAACAACGUCCACGCCCAAGUCGUGAACAAAUCCAGAGCGUACCGGACUAUCUUCGGAUCCUUCGCCGGAAAUGUCGGGAUUCGGAAGCAGGCGCAGCAGGACACGCAGUGUGCGUACCGAAUCGGACAGAACAUUGCCCGGAAGUGUCGGCGGCUGGGAAUAUCGCAGGUGGAAAUCAAGUUUAGACGCAUCAUGCGAGUGAAUCAACUUCUCCAGGCCUUCACAGCUCACGGACUUGGAGUCACUGCAAUCGCUCACGAACCCAGACUGCCAAAAUGCGGUCAAAAUGCGACGAAACCCAGAAAGCGACGACGCGUGUAA